UGGCUGACGACUUCAGGAAUAUUUUUUUUUAGGAAAUCGUAAAUUCCAUUAGAAAUCCCGCAUUUCCAGUCAUUAGAAGGACUUUCAAUCUUAAAUAUUGCGAUUUUGUAAAUACGAAAAUUAAUACUUGUGUAUAUGAAACAAUGGAUUUAACAUCUGAUGAAACGUAUGUGUUGGACACAUUGGGUAAAGCCUGCAGUCAGAGUGCACAAACAUUAAAACCUGCUGUGGAACAACUUCAACAGUGGGAGAUACAACCAGGAUUUUAUUCAAUACUUAGUAAAAUAUUUUCUAAUCAUAAUAUUGAUGUAAAUGUACGAUGGUUGGCUGUGAUGUAUUGUAAAAAUGGAGUUGAUAAAUAUUGGAGAAAAUCAGCACCCAAUUCGAUAAAUGAGGAGGAAAAAGAAACAAUUAAAAGUCGAUCCAUUUCAAAUUUUAAUGAACCAUCACCGCAGGUUACGCUCCAGUUAGCCGUUUUGAUUGCUAAAAUUGCCCGUCUGGAUUGUCCAAGAAACUGGAAUGAUUUAUUACCUACCUUGUUUCAAGCGAUACGAUGUAGUGAUGGUUUUAUACAAGAGAGAGCCUUAUUGGUCUUCCAUCAUGUAACAAAAACACUAGCAUCUAAACGCUUAGCGGUUGAUAGAAAAAUAUUCGAAGAGCUUACUGCAGAAAUAUUUAGUUUUAUCUUAAGUGUAUGGAAUACAUAUGUUGAUCAGUUCUUUCAACUAGCUGCUAAACAUGAAGAGGGUAUGGCUGCUGCUAUUGAUAGGUGUAACCUCUCUUUGAAAAUUUUAAGAAAAUUAAUUGCUUUUGGAUUUAAAGAUUUAACAACAUGCCCAGAUGCUGUUAGUUUUAUCAACUCUAUAUUUCAACGAUUAGAUCAAAUGUUAGAUUGCCGUCGAACCAUGUGGGGAAAUCAUUUAAUGGUAGAAAAAUGUGAAAAACUGGUUGUAACUUUGACAAAAGUGUUGAUUGAUACACUUGAAAUGCAUCCUAUAGCCUUUGUACAGUUUGUUAGAACUAGUUUAGAAUUUGUUGUAAGAUAUAAUUUUACAGCAAAAGGUCUUCUAUUUGAACGAUUUGUUGUCAAUUGUUUUAAUUUGAUGAAAGGAAUUCUUUUCUGUGACGUCUACAAACCUCCAAAAAAUCCACAAGAUUCCAGUUCAAUCAGCAUGCAAGCACAUAAAAUACUGACAGAAUUCUUCACUUACGAUACUUUAUCAGAAAUUUGCAGACGCUUAGUUUCACAAUACUUUCUACUAACAUCUGAUGAUCUUCUAACCUGGGAGGCUGAUCCAGAAGAUUUUUGUCAAGAAGAAGUUGGAGAUUCCUAUAAAUAUUCAUUGCGGCCAUGUACAGAAGUGUUGUUUUUAACAGUGUUUAAAGAGUUUCGGUUGACAUUAACAUCAGUUUUAUUACAAAUGGUACAAGCUAAUCAGGGUCCUUGUGAUCCUGAUAAUUUAGAGGCUUUGCUCAAAAAAGAUGCAGUUUAUAAUGCAGUAGGUCUGGCAUCAUUUGAUCUGUUUGAUGAUAUCAAUUUUGAUCAGUGGUUUUUAACACAUUUAGUACAAGAAUUACAAAUCAAACAUUUUCAAUAUCGUAUUAUCAGACGUAGAGUGAUAUGGUUGAUUGGACAGUGGGUCGGAGUAAAGAUGUCGGUUAAUUUAAGACCUAUGUUAUAUGAGAUUAUUUUAUCGUUAUUAUCAAAAGAUGAAGAUUUAGCUGUUAGAUUAGAAGCUGCACAAUGUUUGAAGACUGCUGUAGAUGAUUUUGAAUUUAAAACAGAACAACUCCUUCCAUAUUUGGAAUCAUUAUUUGCUCUCCUGUUUGAACUUCUAAAAGAAGUCAGGGAAUGUGAUACAAAGAUGCAUGUAUUACAUGUACUGUCAUUUGUGAUAGAAAGGGUUGGCUCUAAGAUACAACCCUAUACAUCUGCUUUAGUUCAAUAUCUUCCACAAUUAUGGCACGAAUCAGGUGAACAUAAUAUGUUACGAUGUGCUAUAUUAACUACUCUUAUACAUCUUGUACAGGGUUUUGGUACAACAUGUAUUAAGUUAUAUGAUUUUUUAAUACCGGUGAUAGAAAUGAGUACAGAUGUCAAUCAAGAUCAACAUGUAUAUUUAUUAGAAGAUGGUCUAGAGUUGUGGGACGUUACUUUACAGAACUCUCCUCACUUAACUGACAAAUUGUUAAAAAUAUUUAAUCAAAUGCCCGCUUUAUUAGAAUUGGGUACAGAAAAUUUGCGGAUCUGUUUAAAAGUUAUAGAAGCUUAUGUUUUAUUAGGACCUCACGAAUUUAUGCAGGCAUACUCUGCUGUUUUGGUGCCGUCUUUUUCUAGUUUGAUGACUGAUAUUAGAGCAGAAGGUUUAGUGAUGAUUUUACGGGUGAUAGAAGUUGUAUUUAAAACAUUCCCUACAGAAGGUCCACAAGUCUUUCAACCAAUUCUUAAAGGAAUUGUUAGAACAGUUAUAGAUGGAGAGGAGAAUCCAGUUGUUUUAUCAAUGUAUCUAAGUCUUUGUGCCCGAGUGUUAUUACAGAAUCAUGCUGUAUUUUGGUCGAUUUUAGAAACAGUUGCUGUCGAUACACAACGAAAUACUCAACAGUUAUUACGUGGUAUAUUAGAUACAUGGGUAGAAAGAAUAGAUUCUAUUACCCAGCCUGAAAGAAGAAAAAUCUCUGCUUUAGCUAUGGCAUCACUUCUUUCAAUAAACCAUAGCAUUGUAGUAGAGAAGUUUAAUUGUAUUAUAAAUUUAUGUGUGGAAGUUCUACAUGAUGUUUGUCAAAGAGAUGAUAAUGGUGCACAAACAGAUACUCUAGUUAUUGGUGAAGAUGAAGUUAUAGAAACUAGUUCCUAUCCACCUGAUGAUAAUUACUCUGAUAUACCUACAGAACAUGAUACACGCAGAAAAAAUUUAAGUCGUAAGGAUCCAGUGCAUACAGUAUCUUUAAAAGAAUACGUAAUGAGUCAGCUAACACAAUGUCAACAAGUCCACGGUCAAAUGACGUUCGACCGAAUCAUGGGUGAAUUGGAUCCAGAAAUAAUUCAACAAUUACAAGAACUUUGUAGCUGACAUUGUUAAAAUAAGAUCUUACAUAAAGAUAUUGGUUUCUUUAACUCAUUGCAUCUUUCCAUCAAUGCUAUAGAAAUUAUGCUAACUACAACUUACGUAGUUCUUGUAGGUAAUCAAAAACCAUACCAUAUAAACCAAAGACCAGUGAUAUUCAGCCCAGUCGGGCGUUUCCGUGUUCUGUGCUUUCAAUUUUGGCGAGUCGACAGGGAGGUUGGUGAGCUACAUGUGCGGCCAAGUUAGAAGAGGCAAUGUGUUUGUCUGUAGAUUUUUUUCUGUGAUAUGAAAAAAAGUGAGUCUUCAACAAGAGAAAUUCUAUUGUGCAUUUAUUAUUUUGCAAAAACUAUUUGAUACACUAACUAAAAUCUAUUAAAUUUGUGUGAAGAAAUGUAGAGAAAGACAAACUGUUGGUGUGGAGUCGGAAAUUUCUCUGUGAAUUUGAUAGACUGACUUGCUUCUUAUAACAUUUCCAACAAAAAGUGCUAAAUCUUUUUAAGUGUCUUCAGUUUUGUGAUAAAGCGAAUGUAAAGGGCAUUUUAUUUUGUUUUUAUACUUGUUAAAGGAAAAUCUAUAAAUGUAUAAAGGGACUGAAACCAGUGACCUCAAAACAGUAGACAUUUAACACAUAUAAUAUGGGUAUAUAUAAUAGUAUAUACACUUAAUACAUAUACAGGGGCCCACUUAAUUUAAAUAUAGAUAAUGCUUUGUAACUAUCUUAAUACAAAAAUACAAUAGAUUUUGAUAGCUAUGUAAAUGUCCCAAAUAAAGUUAUGGAAUAUGGAUGCUCUAGAAUGAAAUCUGGAGCAGAGUAAGUUACUAGGAAAUAAAUUAUUUAAAAAUGGUUGAUAUCAAAACUGCCUUGAAAAUGAAACUGUUUUUUUUAUUUUUGCCUUUAAACUCAAAAGUUUGGAGUAAAUGUUCUGAGCCGUAGUGUUGGUCUUAUGAUUCAGGUUCUUUGCUGAUGUGUAUCGUUUGCUAAAUCCAGUGAGCCAAAUAUUUGCUACAUAUUAUGAUAAUAGAAAGUGUUAUGCUAUUUUCUCUAUGAUGGUUUUUAUAGCGCUAAUGGAGCAUACAGCAUUCAGCUUCUUUAAUUAUGAACAAAUUGAGGCAUCACUUUUGAAAAAAAGGCCCAACGUGGCUGAAUAAAGGCUGAAUAUAGAGUUUAAAACGAUACAUAAUCAGAAAUACUUUUAAUAAAAAAAAUCAUAUUGGUAAAAAAAAAUUAUUCACAUCAUCAUUCCUAACUUAAGUUAUGGCCAUCUGUGUUACAAAUGAUUUAACACCAUAAAGUUAUAAAAAUUCUGCUAUCUUUAUGAGGGUCUUGCAUAUAAUAUUAGUACAAAAACAGCUGUCUUUACAUUUUUUCAAUAUAUGUAUAUGUGAAUGAUCUGCCUUGUGUCCUUCAUGAAAUUGUCAAAUGAUCACCUACAUGUUCAUCCAGCAACAUGCAACCAUAAUGAAACACAGUAGGUAUCUGUACUCUAGUCAUUUGUUUAUACCCAUUCUAAAACCUAGAAGAAUACCACUUUAAGUCCAUUUACAGGAUAUAAUUUCCUAAUUACCGCCCAUUAGUAGUACACUAGUACACAAUUAGCUUUGUUCUUGCUUAAAAAUGAAUAGGGACUGUAGUAUCUUAUAACUGAUACAUGUUUGUCAAAGCAUUAAGUUGGAACUGGUCACAUGUACUGUGUUGUAGGUGUAUGCAAGGCAUAUCUGAUCAAGGAUAACUUUAUAUCAACUGUUUCAUUGUUCUUUAAAAGAAAUGCACGUUUUAUGUAUUUUAUUCUAUUUACUGUGUAUAUGAAGAUUAUAAAUCUGGAUUAUAUAUGCAUUCAAUUAAUGGAUAUCUCAUUUAUUUUUCUAAAUUUCAACUAAAAGGUGAUUACAGCAACUAUAAAAUAUUGAGGAAGAAAUCUGGUAAUUUGUUAUAGCAAUUAUUAUUCUAGCAUAUUCAUUAACCAUCAGUGUUUUCAUUGAUCUAUCAAGUUCACUUGCAGACUAAUCAGAAUCUUGUGACAACAAAAGUACUCAACUGGGCAAGUGAAUUCUGUAGAUUGAUAGAAAUGAUUGACAAUAGUUGCUCUCUCAUGUAACACUGUUGUUAAAAUGCUUCAAGAAUAUGUUAUUCUAGUUUAUAUAAUUAUUUAUGUCUAAUGAAUUUAAGUAUUUUUAAUCAAAUUUUCCAAAGUGAUCAAAAGGUUUCUAACCAUCUAUUUUAAUUUAAUAGAAAGAAUUAAUCAUACUACAUUCAGAGAGUAUCAAUCCAAGCUCUCUAUGUAUAGAGAAAUCUUUUUGAUAAUUAUACAGAUACUCAAACUGUCAGAAUCACAAACAAUCUGAUUAAAACACAGAUCCUAUUUCAUUUCGUUUUUUAUAAAACAAAAUUGCUUGUUUUACUACACUAGGAUCUGGAAAGGUUGUUGUCAUUGACAGGUUCUGGAUGAUGUGAGGGUUUAGCUAAUGAAACCGUCUGUUACAGGGAACUUCAUGUAGUCAGAUCUUCAUGUAGUGUAGGUCAUUGAAAGUAUAAAAAAAAAAACCCAAAAAACGAAAUAUAGAUCUGUAUUUUAAUCAAAUUGAAUCACACAGGAUACCCGAUUGAACAUUCCAAAAUUAAAUUCUAUCAAUCUCACAAGAAAUUUGUGUGACAAAGCAUGUUUCAUGCAAGCCACCACAAGUGUUUGGUACCAUUAUCAAUAAAGACAGAAACAUCAAUUCGAUUGCAGUACUGUCGAUUUGCAAAUUAUAAGUCAAUUAUAAUUAUAAUUUCUUCUUAUAAUUGGGAUUAAUAUUGGACACUUUAUUGAAACUCUUGGAGUGUACUGUAUAAUUAAUGAUUUACUUAAGUUUCUAAAUGUGCAAGGAUUGUACAUGAAUAGGGUGUUAAUCAUGGUGCAGUCAAUCCAGCUACAAUUUCUAAAUGUACUGUUAUGACCUGGUGUCUCUGUAGUCAGUUGGGUUGUGUUAUUAUAAGUAAUAUUAUUAAAGGGGAACUCCAUUUGUUGUUAUGUGUUUAUAAUUUAUUCAUUAUCUAACAUUAGAAUAGUUUUUAAUCCAGUAACUCUGCAUAUUCACACUGCCAAAUGUUUAAUAGAGAAACUGUUAUUGCAUGUGAUGUGGGUUUUGUUCUUCCCUGCUGGCUGGCUGUCCAUCUGUCACACAAUAACUCUCCUUCUAACCGAGGUAGAAUAUUCAAAUUUGGUUCAUUAGGUCAAUAUCUUUUCUCUUUACCGAGUUGGAUGAUGAACUUUACUGCUUAGAUUAAGCAGCUCUCUGUCUGUUUGUCACAUCCUUUGGAACAAUUACUCUGCUUUUAAUUGAGAUAGAAUGUUCCACCUUGGUUUACAUGCUCAUUAGGUGAAUGGCUUGACUGAUUAGGAUGAUGCACAUUUUAGCAGUUUGAGUGAUCAAUGUCUGAGUAUGAGCAUUUUCUGCUCAGGUUAAACAGAGUGAAAAAAAAUUGAUUAUUCAAAUUGCAAGUAUUUUUUGAGAUUGAGGCAGGGGACAUCAGCAUCACUACUGGCUAGUUUUAUUUACAGUGACUGUCGGUUCCCCGCUAACGUCAUACAUAAAGUUUCUGUGUUAAUUUGAUAUAUACAGGUUGUGCAUUCUUGAAAAUAUUUCAAUAUGAUAUAUAUAAUAAAUAAAAUAUUAAGAAACCUGCAACGACUGGAGUUCUCCUACAAAACCAGGUGUUCAGUAAAUGAGGUUAUAUUAAAAGCAAAUACAAUGCAUAUGAUAAUGUAUGAGGUGAAUACUAUGUAUAUUUGACCUUGCUGUAUAUUCAAAUUAUGUUUAUAAGUUAUGCUUUCUACAAUAUCAGCUUGUUAUUACUGUAUAUGAGAUGUAAUUGCUACAUCAUGUAAUGCCAUAAUAAAAUCUAUAUUAAGAAUGUU